AUGGCGAGCACCGGAACCGUGGCAGGCGACACACCAACACUGCUGGAGCCUUUGCAGAAGUGCUUUGAAGAAGCUCGCGGAGCGUUGGAGAAGGAGAUGGCGCAGGACCCAGCGCCGGAAGUCUCUUGUGAGCAGAUCACAUCGACUACAAAGUGGCUGAGGUCCAUCGUGCAAGCCAUGAACGCACACAAUGAUGGUUUUUCAAGGUUGGGCUUAUCCACAUUGAGUGGCGAUGAACUGCAUCGGAACCAAGCGCUGGCGAGAGAGACCUCUCGUCAGCUGACUUUGCUUUUCGCGGACAAGUCUUCUCAGUUCACCACCACAUCUCAGCACCAGGUGAUGAAGUUUGACAUGGGCAGCCAAAGUCGAGAAAUUAAGGCAAACUUGUCCGAUUUCAGCAGGUUCUUGGAGCACUUUAGCAAGGCAAAGUGGCUCGGGGAACUUGUGGCGCCAGAGUUUGUGGAGCAGAAGCAGCUUACCGUCAAGUUGCUGGCCAACCUUCAGCACCCUGAAAAGCCAAAACUGCAAGUCAAUCAGCCGCAGCGGUCGCGCUGCGGCUACUGCAGGCAAUGGAAGAACAACGCUUCCAGCUUCUGCGACAGCUGUUCCCGUUGCUCGCACGGCUACAACACGAGCGAUGUGUAUCCACACCGCUGUCCCUCUGGGUGCAGUACCGCCAUGUCCAAGGAAGCUAUCUUGUACCAAGGCAUGCAAUCUGGGGAGAGUAGCUUGGAGAAGCUGCAGGGCUUGGCGCAGAUGGCGGAGGCGCUGGCCAAGGUGUGCCGCAAAGACGCCUCUGCGCGGGAGGUGGCAAGCAAGGAAUUGGCAAAGAAGAUGAAGCUCCUGAAAGAUUUCGCGGAGGCUGUCAACGAGGUCCCCAAGGUCCUGCGCCAGUUCCUGCUCAUCCGUGCUGGCUCCAUCGGAGACAUAUCUGAGCUGAAAGCCUGGGUGAGCAAGGAGGAAGCGGACCGAGUCCACAAGACACUGGAGGAGUUUCGGGACGAAGUCAAUGAGGAGAAGGUCAUGCGUCGGCUCAACAUGAAGCGGGCGGCCUCAGAAGGCUCUUGGUCCUGCAUUUCGAAGGGCUCCUCGAAGGAGGAGAAGAAGAAGAAGAACAAGGCCAUGGCGGAGGAAGAGUUCGACAUUUUUGGCUAA